AUGAGUCACAACUACAAUUUGUAAACUAUCUUUUCUAAUAGAAGCAUAUUUUCAGAUAAAAAUAAAACUUAAACCAACUCAUUGGAUAGUAUUUCACCUAUACCCUAAAGGACUCAUCAGUUUUUCAUGUAAUCAGAAGCUGAUUGUUAAUCAAAAUAAUAAUUAAAAAGUGAUGAAACUCUACUGAAAUCUAACAUGUCUUCAGGAAUAAAUUACUCAAAUACAGACAUACAAGAUGAUAAUACUCAAGAAACUGUAUAUCCUAUUAAUACCUUAAACGCUAAAAGUUUUUCUCAAUUCUCAGAAAAUGAAGACACGGAUAUCAAACUUGAUAUAAAUUUUUUAAACAUAUCAAUCCCAUAAUAGAAGUAGAACUAAGAUUCAAGUUUCUGCUUAAAUCAGUAAUAAAAUAGAUAAAGUAAUGAUUAUUUUGAAGAAACAUCCCAAAUUUAAUCUAACACACUUCUUAAUGAUAAUGAAUCUGAAUUUGAGAGCUUAAAAAUUUCAUCUUAUCAAAAUACUGAAAGAACUGAAGUCAGUAGCAUUAAAAGCGCUUCACAAAAAAGAGUCACUUUUAACGAGCAAAUUGAAAAAAAAGUUUUUUAGAAAGAUGAUAUAAAUGGGCUACAGUAAAAGAUUUAAAUAUUAUUAAGAAAAUAUGAAGUUGAAAACAGAUAAUUGGAAUCUAAUUAUUUGUUUGGCUAAAGUCAUGGUAAAUAAACAAGAAAAACCAUUUUGAAAGCAUCUAAAUCUUGGGAAUAAACAUCAGAAUAUAAUUAAUCAGAUGAAUAAUCAUAUGAUUCAUUUGAAACAAUCCAAUUUGAUAUGGAUUUUUGCUAAAUAAUAAACGAAGAAAUUAUAUAGCAAUUACUUUAAAGUGAUAGUCCAAAUAAAAAUUAAAAUUAUUUUUUUAGCGAAUUAGUAGGCAAAAACAUCUAUCACGAAUGA